ACCAAAAUACAAAAAUAAUACAGAAAAUACAAAAGAGGAAAACAGAUUAAAAUAAUAAGCACAUGACAUGUGCUUACACACUCCAUGCAAAAAGAAAUAAGAGAGAUCCUUUAAUUCUUCCGCAAACUUCUCUUACAGUAACAAAGCAUCACUUUUCCAAAAAUAGAUGCGCCUUUGUCUCUUCUUUUCAUAUCUGAAGAAGCUUCGCCGUCUUCGGAUCUAGCAUUAUCUUUUUUUUUCUUCAUUUUAGGUUUAAUUCUGAUAAAAAGCUGCUGACUCGAAGACAUUAUCCAGAGAAAGUGAAGUUUUUGGUUGUGUGCAGAAGAGCAUUAAAUGAAGACAAUGUCAGAAAGAUCAGAAGACAACACAAAUGGAGUCAAAUCUUCAAAGGUUAUCGUAAAGGAGAGCUCUCAGGUCAAUUCAUCGUCAAGAAUCUAUUACUACGGCGGAGCCUCCGUGCCGUUUUUAUGGGAGACACGGCCAGGGACACCAAAACACCCUCUUUACUCGGAAUCGUUUCGUCUUCCACCGUUAACGCCACCUCCUUCGUACUACUCCUCCUCCUCCUCCGGGAACAAACAGAGUAAAUCGAGAACGAAACAAACUCGAUUCGUGAAGACUCUGUUGUCACGUCACGUGUCGCGUCAUUCGUUUUCUUGGUCGUCUACGUCUUCAUCUUCUUCCUCUUCGUACUCUUCUUCGUCUCCUCCGUCUAAAACAGAGCAUCGUCCCAAAAAAUGUUACCUUUCUUGCUCGAGAUCUUAUGCUAAGGAGGAUGACGAGGAAGAGAUUAGGUCGUCGUCUCCGACGUCAACAUUGUGUACUUAUAAAAGAGGGUUUAGUUCAUCUAUGGGAAGUGUGAAGAGAGCUUUGUGUUCUGUUCUUAGCCAUGGAUCUAGUCGUAAAGAUCUUAGAUUGAUGUAACAGUUUAUUCCAUGUUCUUCUUAUUUCGAUUGUUGUCAUUUAAAAAAAAAAAAAACAGGAUCUUGAGGUUUAAGAUCCAUUUUUUUUUUUGUAUGUUUUGGCUUUCGCCUCUUUGAACACAUAUAUUAGUGUUUGAUUGUGUUCAUUGUUCAAUGCUUAACAAAAAGUUUGUCAUGUUUAGAUUUAUCUUUGGUUGCUC